UGCUUCCUCAAAAAAUCCCCUCUAGCCAGCUUGUUUCCUGCCUCGUAAACCCUCAGAACAUUCCCAUUGUUUAUAAAUGCCAAUCUUGGGGGAGUCCCCUUUGCAUCACUAUCACUACUUCACCACCUCACAACACAGUCACCUGAGUACACACACUCAGUAGAGAUUCAUUUGAGAGAGAGAAAGAGCUAGACCAUGAACAUCCAACAUCCUUUGCCUUUUAUCUUUGGAAUCCUAGGUAACAUCUUCUCCUUCAUGGUGUUUCUUGCACCCUUGCCAACAUUCUAUGGAGUUUACAAGAAGAAAACGACAGAAGAAUAUCAAUCAUUGCCAUAUGUGAUUGCACUGCUAAGUGCAAUGCUGUGGAUGUAUUACGCAUCACUGAAGCCCAAUGCUUACUUUCUCAUCAUGGUCAACUCAAUGGGUUGCAUCUUAGAAACACUCUAUAUUAUUACUUACAUGGUUUAUGCACCCAAGAGACUAAUGAUUCUGACAGCCAAGCUGCUAGUCUUGUUGAAUUUUGGCUUGUAUGGUUUGAUCUUUCUCCUAAGCUUCUUUUUAUUGAAAGGCUCAGGCCGUGUCCGAUUUCUUGGUUGGGUUUGUGAUGUCUUCUCUGUGGGAGUCUUUGCAGCCCCCUUAACUACUAUGGUGAGAAUUAUAAAAUGA